UUCUAACCAACGUGGAGAAAAUUCAAAGAAGAAUUUGCCUGGGAAGUCACUCUACUGAAUCAGCAGGAGAGCUAUUAACAGAAUCUUCCUUACUGAAGGUUUAUUCAGGAGGGAUUCUUCGAAGGAAAAAACAAAUCAAACGAAGAUAAUUCUUCAGCUGACUGUUGGACAACUUUACUGUGUAGGAUACCACAGAGACCAUGUCUUCCAUUAAGAUUGAGUCUGUUGUGAAGGACAAGAACAGGAUGGGAGAGUGCCCCGUAUGGGAAGAGAGGGAAAAUGCACUUGUAUAUGUGGAUAUUAAUGCACAAAAAGUUUGCCGCUGGAAUACAAUCACCAAUGAAGUGCAGAGUGUGUCUGUGGAUGCUCGUGUUGGGUCAGUGGCCCUUCGAGAACGUGGAGGUUAUGUAAUUGCUCUUGGAACCCGGUUUGCCUUUCUAAACUGGGAAGACCAGUCUGUGACUACUAUUGUUGAACUUGAACAGGAUAAAACAAACAACAGGUUCAAUGAUGGGAAAGUGGAUCCACAUGGGAGAUUUUUUGCUGGGACCAUGGCUGAGGAGACUGAACCUGGUGUGCGAGCAAGACACCAAGGGGCCCUCUACACCCUCUUCCCUGACCAUUCUGUAGUCAAGCAACUGGAACAGGUGGACAUCUCUAAUGGCUUGGAUUGGUCACUGGAUUGCCAAACUUUCUUUUACAUCGAUAGCUUGACAUAUGCUGUGCAUGCUUUCAACUAUGAUGAGCAUACAGGAAAAAUUGCCAACUGUAAAACUGUGUACAAACUUGAAAAGGAGGAGCAAAUGCCUGAUGGGAUGUGCAUUGAUGCAGAAGGGAAACUUUGGGUGGCCUGCAUUGAUGGAGGGAGAGUGAUCCGUAUAGAUCCUGAGACAGGGAAACGAAUCCAAACAGUGAAGCUGCCAGCUUCAAGAAUCACUUCGUGCUGCUUUGGUGGAAAAGACUAUUCAGAAAUGUACGUGACUUCUGCCUAUGAUGGGUUGGACAAGGAGGCUUUGGCAAAGGAACCUCAGGCAGGAGAGAUUUUCAAGAUAACUGGCCUUGGUGUGAAAGGAACUGCCCAGUAUUUAUAUGCUGCUUAAAUAGUCACUCUGCAUAACAAACAAAAUAAAGGCAUGACACUUGCAGGAGAGUUUUGGGAAAAGAAAAGUUCAACAAGUUGUAAUUUUCUAUGCAUAUCUGGAAACCUGCUUUCUUUACAGUUUAGAAGUACAUUCUUCUUUCAGUUUGGAAUCACAGCAAGGUACAACAGAAUUUUAGCAAAAGCAGAUAAAUGAGGUAACAUUAGAUGUGGGAACAAAUUGUUAAAAUGUGUACACAUUUAAUUAUUUUAUUAUAUUAUAUUGCAUUAUCCUCCUUUAUCAUAUAUU